AUGAUGCACCCGUCUGAGUCCUGCAACCACAGGAAGUCGCUCUUCAACACCAUGAACCGCUUCAUCGGUGCCGUCAACAACAUGGACCAGACUGUGAUGGUGCCCAGUCUGCUGCGGGACGUCCCGCUGGACGAUGUCGGAGACGUGAAGACGGUCACCGACGACACCGCCUCCAACGGCUCCGCCUGCUUCCAACAGGACGCCGACAUGUACAGUUCGUACGUCCUGCUCAAGUCCAUCCGCAGUGUCAUGGAGUGGGGCGUCCUGCAGGGGGAUGGGCGGGGGAAGGAGAGGGUGGGCGAGUCAGAGGACGACGACCUGGAGAAGCAGUUUCAUUUUCACCUGAACGGACUCCACGCGGUUUUGUCCAAACUCACACGCAAAGCCAACACGUUAACGAACCGCUACAAGGAGGAGAUCGGCUGCGGAAACUUAUAG